CAAAAGCCAUAUAACAACUUACACUGUUUGUUUAAUUGCAGUGUUUGCUGUUAAUUCAUAUGCCUUGUGAAUGUUAUAUAUAUAUAUAUAUAUUAGGCCUAAAGGCAGUGACCAUAAGACAGUGGCAGAAUAAAUUCAAACACACCUUUGUUUAAUAACAAAACCGGAUAACCUAUGUCCGGUGACAUAUAACAGUUGGUUUCCAUUACCUACAGUAUGGUUGAGCGAGUUAAUGUUUCCAACAUUUUUGGACCACUAAACUACAGAUUUAGAACCUCUGUGUUACCACAAGUCGCAAAGAAAACAGGAACUGCUUCCACUAUUCCAGCUGCAUUUCAACUUCAACAUCAUCAAAUCACCUCUGCUUAGUCUAAUACAGUGACAACUAAAAGAUACCAAAACUAUUUAGUCCAAUCAACAUCAGCUUAAUAUGAUGUGGCUGUCCAUAGUUCUGAUUUCUGUUUGCGCACGCGUCUGUGCACGUGCGUUGUGCAAGUAGAAAAACAUGUUGACUCACCCUACUUGUAGAGAAAUGCCAAUGUCAUCCUCUCAUGUUGAUGAAACGGUAUAUCACUGUCAUACAGUACACGCUUGUAUUUUUUGUUGUCCUAGGCUAGCCUUCUACAUCUAGCUACUGUACAUAUUGAACAUCCAUCCUCUCAGGCCAGGUGCACAACAAUGUAUGAAUUAAAGGUUGGAUCACAAUCGCCAUUAUAAUCAUUGGCGAGUACGGAAUAUUAAGUAAAACCACAAGUCCAAAUCCCUAUAAAGGUUAAAUAAUAAUAAAAAACAUUUAAAAAAAAAUCUCAAUCCAUGGCUAAUUUAAGGAAGGGUCAAUUUUAUCUAGCGAGCCCCCGGAGGACAACACAAUGAGAUGCAACAAUUCAAGUUGUUUCUGUUAAUGACUUCUGCUCAAAGGGAUUUGAUAGGAAAGAAGCCAAAUCCAAGCUGGCUUCCCUUGACACCUAAUAUUUUUUUUCCGCCAGGACCAUUCACAGUUGAGCUUGCAUAGUUUAGCUCAACGCUGAUUGGCUAAUCUGUGUCGCUCACUCGGAUGCUUUCUCCUGUGCGAAUUGAAGAAAAAUUAUGAAACUCAGAGAGACGAAAGAUGAAGAAUUUGAUGUUAUAUUUCUGAGGGAGGGUUACAUUUUUAGGGGAAGCCUGGCUUCCCUUGGCGUCAAUGAAUACAUGCCACUGUAUCUAACUAAGAUGUUUAAUGCAGUAUUUCUCAUCUAUUGAAGAAAGACAAACACUUAAUUGAAGAAUCCCUACUGUUGACCAAUGACCGACGAAAGGGUGUAGACUUCUGCUACCGAAGUUCAGCUUGCCUGGAGAAUUGUUUUUUUUUGUGCACAAACAGCCAAAAAGCCCUUGCUGAUGAACAAAACUAACAAAAUGUCAUAAUCCAGUGCAUUCGGAAAGUACGUUAUUGCCUUAUUCUAAAAUGUUACGUUACAGCCUUAUUCUAAAAAUGUUACGUUACGGCCUUAUUCUAAAAUGGAUUAAAUACAAUUUUAAAAAUCCUCAAUCUACACACAAUACCCUAUGACAAAGUUUGCAAAUGUAUUAAAAAUAAAAACAUACCUUAUUUAUAUAAGUAUUCACACCCUUUGCUAUGAGACUCGAAAUUGAGCUCAGAUGAAUCCUGUUUCCAUUGAUCUACUAACUUGGAGUCCACCUGUGGUAAACUCAAUUGAUUGGACAUUAUUUGGAAAGGCACACACCUGUCUAUAUAAGGUCCCAAGGUUGACCAGUGCAUGUCAGAGCAAAAACCAAGCCAUGGGGUCGAAGGAAUGGUCCGUAGAGAUCCGAAACAGGAUUGAGUCGAGGCACAGAUCUGGUGAAGGGUACCAAAACAUGUCUGCAGCAUUGAAGGUCCCCAAGAACACAGUGGCCUUCAUCAUUCUUAAAUGAAAGAAGUUUUGAACCGCCAAGACUCUUCUUAGACCUGGCCCCUGGUCAAACUGAGCAAUCGGGGGAGAAGGGCCUUGGUCAGGGAGUACCUAAGGACUCUGAUGGUCUGAUGAAACCAAGAUUGAACUCUUUGGGCCUGAAUGCCAAGCGUCACAUAUGGAGGAAACCUGGCACCAACCCUACGGUGAAGCAUGGUGGUUGCAGCACCAUGCUGGGGGAAUGUUUUUCAGCGGCAGGGACUGGGAGGCUAGUCAGGCUUGAGCGAAAGAUGAAUUGAGCAAAGUAAAGCGAGAUCCUUGAUGACAACCUGCUCCAGACCUCGGACUGGGGCGAAAGUUCAUCUUCCAAGUAGAACAACGACCCUAAGCACACAUCCAAGACAAUGCAGGAGUGGCUUCGGGACAAGUCUCUGAAUGUCCUUGAGUGACCAAGCCAGUGCCUGGACUUGAACCCAGAGAGACCUGAAAAUAGCUGUGCAGCGACACUCCCCAUCCAACCUGACAGAGCUUGAGAGGAUCUGCAGAGAAGAAUGGGGAAAAACUCACCAAAUACAGGUGUGCCAAGCUUGUAGUGUGAUACCCAAGAAGACUUUAGGCUGUAAUUGCUGCCGAAUGUGCUUCAACAAAGUACUGAGUAAAUGUGAUAUUUCUGGGGAUUUAAAAUAUAUACAUUUACUAACAUUUCUAAAAAAGUGUUUUUUUUAUGUCAUAGGUUAUUGUGGGUAGAUUGAUGGAAAAAAUAUUCAAUCCAUUUUAGAAUGAGGCCAGGUCUUAAUACUUUCCUAAUGCACUCUGAUGGGAAGCAUACGGGCAAUUAAACAUUUUACUGAGAUUUUUGUGCAGUAUUACUCAAGUGAAAAAAAAUGCAUAAACUAAAACUAGUAGUCUCUCGUUGAAUGACAAACAAUUCAAAAAUCCCGUCCUUAGUUCCCACUCCUGCUAGGAGUAGUACUGUUGACCAAUAACCGACGAAGGGGCGUAGAAUUCGGCUACUAAAGUUCGAACUGCAGCAAUAAUUUGUGUGCAUGAACACCAAAACGAAGCGUUGUACGAUCUGGCAGGCGUCAGCAACGCCUGGGCAGAGGAAUGCGCUGAUUGUAGCCAGAGAGAGCGGUAGGCCUAUUCCGAUGAAUCAGCAUUGUGACUGUAAGUAAGGUGGGGGGAAGGGAGGAGUAACUUUAGCUGGGUGGAACUUCCACAGGAGGGAGGCAUGUUUGUUUGUGCUAUCUGGGGUCCUUGGGACAUCUCUACCCUAAACCAUAACCCAACCCACGAUAACCCGUUUACAUUUCAAUGGGAUGAUGCCAGAGUUGGACGUCACAAGGAUCCCGGAUAUCAAGUACCAUGUUGAUAGAAAUAUCGGUAUUUGUAUGCGUCAGACCCUGUAAGUUAUUCACCACUCUGCCAAUGUAACGGGCCUGGAGGAUGGCAUGCUGGGAUUUAUUUAUUUUGACUUUUCAAGACAACUGAAGAUACUAGGUUUAAUUUGUGUAAGUGUAGGCUGUCAUUUGUAAAUAAGAAUUUGUACUUUACUGACUUUCCUAGUUAAAUAAAACAAAAUGUUGAAUUUACAUCCACUUGUGUAGAGGUCAAAUUAUCAUAUGGGGCCAGAAGACUAGUUACUUAUUGUAGACAUGUUGUCAAAUUUGUUUUUCUAUAACUACUACAGUACAAGGUUGAUUUCAAACUAAUGGUUAUAAUUUUUUUCUUUUUUUAUCUCGAUACUGGCAAUUUUUCAAGCCUAUCAAUCCUUUAUGGCCCUCUUGGAGUUUAAUGUCACUGUCAGAGAACUCUACUGUCCUAUUUUACAAUAAACAUUUUCACUUAAAAAAACAACAACAGUAUGUUACAAACAAAUUCCAAUCCACUUCAGGCAAUUUGAAAAUCAUUCAUGGUAAUCAUGUUUUUGUUGUGAUUUGCCAUACACGAGGUAGCCGGGAGUUUACUUACCAUGGAAAAUGCUCAUCAUUUGCAGACGUCACCAUUUCAGCAGUGUGGCAACAAUGGGGUCAUAUUUCUGUCAGGUAGGCUGAUCUCCCAUGCCUUCAUCUCAACCGUGACUGACCCCUCUCCCUCAAUGUGUUAUCCUUAUAGUUAUCCUUAUAGCGAACAAGAUUUUCUCCUGUGAUCUUUGUGACUAUCAAACAAAUCAGCUCCAUCUGCAUACAAAUUCCACCCUUCAAUAUGAUAAUAUUUUUUUGCAUUACAGUGUGUGAUUCUUCGUUUUUGCCUGCAACUAACAUUUUGUUGGUUUGGUCUACAAAACGAUGCAUAUUGCUCCUUGUCCUUCCAUCGUCCUGAAGCUCUAGCAACCUUCAGGUUCUCACCCAAUGCAAUGUGACACAAACUAUUUGCAUUGAGGAGGUAAAAGCGGGCAUUGUUAUUUGUAGCUGCUCAUAGCCUUUUACAGUUCCACAGCACCUGGUCCCAGUAGCCGAGUUCUAGUGUAUCACCCUCUUCCCCCCUUCUGCACACACACAAGUCACCCAGUGACUUUGUAUGUAAUGUGCAUUGACGUGCUGGUGACUAUCAUGUGUUCUCCCUGCUCUAGCUGGAUGUUUGUCACUUUUAGGCUCCCACCGCCCUGGUUGGCAGGCCGCUGUGGCUGGAGGCAAGUGUCCAACACUCGUCUCAGCACUGGAUGUAUGUACAAAGUGCUGUUUAGCCAUUAGCCAUUUUCAAUGUGUGUGUCUGCCAUUUUAUCUUUACUCAGCUGAAUUUUUCUGGUUAAUAUUACAAAAUGCUUGCAUCGGGAGUGGGAUCUCUUUUUCUGUUUAAGGCACUAUGUUAGAAUUGAUAAAGGUCCAAUUUCCACUUCUUGUUUCGCUUUUCUUGCAAAUGGCUCCAGCAAGUCUGUGUUCAUAUUUGUUUUAGGGAUAUGUACUUAUGAUAAUGAUUUACAAAUACUGACAUUGGUCGGAAUAUGCUCUUGUUACUUUAACUAGGAUUUUUUUUUUUAAAUAAUCCUGGUUUGAAGUUGAUGUCACUCUGUUUUGUCUGUAAACAGAAAUGUAUUUUUGAAUCCCUUUGUCUUAACAGGCAUUUACUAAAAUGUCAUAUUGGAAGAUGUGCUCAAUGGAUGUUGGAUAAUCAACAAAGAUCCUAUCACUUCAGACGAAUGCCUUACUGGCAUUGUUCCUCUUUCUUUCUCUCUACUGUAGCACACAAACAAGCUUUGAGUUUGCUUCCCGUUUCAAGACUGGAGAGCUAGAGUGUUCUCCAAUCCCGAGAAUAAUGGUAGCAAACUCUACCAUCUUAUCAGUGUGGUGAUCUAAGUUGGAUGUUCCACUCAGCAGGCACCUUGCAGGUCUGUCUGAAAAGACCUGAAGGAGAGUUAAGAACAGAAGCAGUUUUUCAGUAACAUGCGGAAGCAAUGAGAAAAAGAGGAAGCCGUCCCAUAUAUAUGCCUGUGCGUCGCCGUAGGAAAGGGCUAACAUGUACUCCAAAGGCACCAAACGCAAGUUCUCUGAUGGUGUGGACAACAAGGCGGUGGCGGCAUCCUAUAGCCUGCAGCGCCAGUCCCUGCUGGACAUGUCCCUGCUCAAGCUGCAGCUGUGCCACAUGCUGGCGGAGCCCAACCUGUGUCGCUCGGUGCUCAUCGCCAACACGGUGCGCCAGAUCCAGGAGGAGAUGGCCCACGACGGCAGCUGGCAGAUGGUCACAGAGGCCUUAGGUGGCUCUGGCCAUGGCCCAUCUGACCGCUUGGUGGACACCGAGGUUCUGUGCCAGUCGCCGGAGCUGCAGGACGGUGGGCCUAGGCUAUACUCAGUGAUGGGCUACGAUGGCUGCCGUGAGGAGGAAGUGGUGACGGACAAGGCAAUGUGUUCUGUGGUGGUUGGCGACAGGGCCCCGGCCCUACUGUUGGGGACCAUUGGCCACUGCUGGGACAGGGGGGAACUGAGAGUGGAGGAUGGGGUCAGCAAAGACUCAGGUACGGGGGACGAGGAGGCAACGAGGUCUGGGGAGGGGGCUAAAAUGGCAACGGGGCAGGUGUUUGGGACUUUCGAGAUCAAGAACGGUGCACCCGGGUCAGACCCGGCACUAGAGGAGCUGUUCUCUGACGUUGAUGCCUCGUAUUAUGACUUGGACACCAUGCUGACAGGCAUGCAGAGUGCCCCCAAGAUGGGGCCUUAUGACUUUCUGGACAGUUUGGCCUCCUCACACGGCUCUGUGUCCAACUCCAGCUGUAGAGCCGAUCUCAAUGAACUUGACCACAUAAUGGAGAUCAUUGUGGGCUCAUAGCUUACAGACUUAAAACUCAAAUACUGUUUCAUUGAUCUUGUGCCACUGCCUUUUUGUCUUGUAUGUGCGGACAUACAGUAUUUACACACUUUCCUCUGUAUGGAAACUGAGUGAAAUCCAUCUCCGUGCAAUGAAAUGUUCAUCUGAAAAGGUUCACGCUUUCUCAAGUUCACCAUCCUUUUUCUUAUGUAUACUUUCUUUAUGUUUGUAUUUGAGUGUGUUCUCUCUUCUGUUUUUUUAAUGUCGUUUCUGGUUUAAUUUAUUGAACUUAUUACACUACAUCAAUUCAGAGCAGCACAACAUAUUUACAUGAACUAUACAUGAACUAUACAUAUUUUCUUUAAAAAUAUAUAUAAGAAGAAUAUUGUUAAAACGUUUCUGUAAAAAUAUACACAUAUUUUUUUACUAAAGAGACAGUCUGGGAAUUGUUCUUUUUUUUCUAUAUUUCUAUAUCCAGAACAAUUGCACAAAAGCUCUCAUUUACCUGUUGUCUUCUAAAGGUUUAACUUUGGUUGCGUCUUUGAGCUACAAGAGUAAAGAUGCAUUGUCGAAAACAUGAAUUGCGUUCAGUAUGCUCACAAUGUGAUGCACCCUUGUCCUGGUCUAUGGUUUGGUGCUACAGUAUAUGCACCAUGUACAGUAUUCCUUAUAAACACAUUGCCUUCUUGAGCCAUACAGUUUGUUUUUGCACCACGUCUAGCUUAACCUCACAGCCUAGCAUGUGGUGCCAUUUGUUUGCUAUUAGAAAUGACAUAUGUUCUUAUAUUUGUCUCAUUACAAAUGAAGAAUUGUAAUGGGUAUAUUUCUCAUUUUAUGUUAUGACUUUUAGCCUAUUUUAUUUAUUAAGUGUAAACAUAUGGUGGCGUUAAACCUUGGUAAUACUUAAGGUUGUAGAAGCUUUUCAGCUUUCUGACAUGAAUUGAUAUUUUGAAAUCAUAAUGAGUUUCCGGACUUUCAUGCAUACUUUUAGUGAAGUAAUUACUUUCUUAUUCAAAACAAACUGAGAACAUGUAAAGAAAUGUGCUAUUCAGCUGACCUAUUCCAACCAUUUAUUUUUUAUUUUUAUUGCGUUCAAAGCCUGCACCCAGGCUCAAGUUAAUAUUGUGAGAAAACAACUGAUUGCUGAUUAAACAGACAUGAGGUGGGAGAUCUCACAUUUCUUUUUGAUAAAUAAGUACUGUUACAUUUGACAUUUGUGACCAUGAGCUCGAGUAAAUUUAGCUUUUUUAAUUACAAGUAAACUGUAGCAGUUUUUACAAUUUUUAAUAAAGGUUACAACAUUAUCGUAAUAUGAA